AUGAGCCCCCUAAAUACAACCUCUUUCAUUAACGCCACCAUUGUGCAUCCUGCAUUCUUUUUCAUAAGUGGAUUGUCCGGUAUUCCCCACACAAAAUACUUCUACAUGUUCUUGUGCUUUGUUUAUACUCUGUCUGUACUGGGAAACACUUUUGUCAUGUUUGUGAUUUACACUGACCACUGUCUUCACAGUCCAAAAUACAUUGCAGUGUUUAAUUUGGCUGUGUCUGACUUGUGUGUAAGCACUGCAAUUGUUCCUCCAGUGAUUGACACCUUCCUGUUUAAAUCGCAGUUAAUCUCUUAUGAGGCCUGCUUGUCUAAUAUGUUCUUUGUUUUUGCGUUUCUCACUAUGCAGUCUUUCACUCUCACAGUUAUGUCUUAUGACAGAUGUGUCGCUAUAUGCUUUCCACUGAGAUACAAUGAGAUUAUUACAAACAAAUCAAUGCUGGUGAUCACAACAAUAUUUUGGAUUAUUGCAGGACUGGGCAUUCUCAUACCUGUAAUUUUAAUCAACAGACUGUCAUUCUGCAAAUCCAUUGUGAUAAACAGCUUUUUCUGUGAUCACGGACCCACAUUCCGUUUAGCAUGCAAUGACUACACUCCAAAUAUUGUGAUGGGUGCAACUCAGCCUGCUCUGAUUUUCUGGCUUCCAUUGGUGUUCAUAACAGGAACAUACAUUUGCAUAGCCAGAGCGUUGUUGAAAAUUGCAACAGCCUCAGAGCGACUUAAAGCCAUGAAAACCUGCACCUCUCAUUUGAUCUUGGUGGCUGUGUAUUAUUUUCCUAUAUGUAUCAUCUAUGGAGCAAUCGGCUUCAUUGUUCACCAUAACAUCAGGAUUAUCAACGCAUCUCUGUCGAUGGUCUUGCCGCCUAUGCUUAAUCCAAUCAUUUACUCACUGAAGACAGAAGAAUUCACAGAAUCCAUUAAAAAGCAGUACAGAAGAAAGAAGAUACACUUAACUGUAUUUAAUAAAUGAAUACAUUUUUUAAUCACAAAUGAUUGGCUGGAAAGUUUAACCAUGUUCAUUUAAUCAUGUUCACUGGCAAGUUUAACCAUGUUCAAUUAACUGUGAACUGUAAGAGCAAUUGACAAAUUUAAUCAAAUGAAUGGGAAUACAGUGAUAGAUAGUUAAAGUUGAAUUAACAAACUGGACAUUUUACUGUGUCCAACUUUUCUGCAGAUUGAAAAUAUGUCAAGUUUCAAACAUAUGCGACAUGUGUUUACAAAUCAAAACAUAGGUACUCAUCCUUACUCUGAACUGUGUUGUAUGGGCUGCAUAAUCCCUACCACCAUCACUACCAGAGGGACAUAGAAGUCAAUUGUAAACUAAAAAAAUGUUUUUAUAAUAAAAAAAAAUCCUCAUAAUCAUUAUGAACUACUGUAUGCAAUGAA